UUCACAUUCAUACAUCCGGUGAAUUAUCUGGCUCAUUGUUCUAUCUCUGUGUAGCAUCUGCUAUCUGGAACGAAGCAAAGCAGCCCCGGCUUUUUAGACUGGGAAUCAGCUGACUAGCUAAUGGCUAUGCUUCAAUCAGAAUGAUAUCGCAGCGGGAACGAGGAGAACUUGCACGUUUUUAUACUGUUACGGAUCCUAAAAAGCACAAGAAAGGCUAUACAGUGUACAAAGUCACUGCAAGGAUCAUCUCCAGAAAGAACCCGGAGGACGUCCAAGAGAUCACGGUGUGGAAGAGGUACAGUGAUUGGAAACUUCAUCAAGACCUCUGGCAGCUACACAGGAAUCUCUUCAGUCAAUCAGAGCUCUUCCCACCCUUCGCCAAGGCCAAAGUGUUUGGACGUUUUGAUGAGACGGUGAUUGAGGAGAGGAGGCAGUGCUCAGAAGAUCUGCUCCAGUUCUCUGCUAACAUCCCAGCCCUCUACAGCAGCCAGCACAUCCAGGACUUCUUCAAGGGAGGGGAGGUCAGCGACGGCUCAGAGCUUAUUGGACCGGCUGAACCCUUCUUGGACUUCCUGGCUGACAGCCUAUCAGACUGCGGCUCCGAAGUUCAGAGGGAUCUCAGUGGAGCAGAUGAUUUGACCAUUACCAGUCAGUCUGAAUAUGGAGGUCCGUCCAGUGACAGUGACCUGACCUCCCUGGCCAUAGACAUAGACUCUUUGGCCGAGCUGGACGAUGGCAUGGCCUCAGGCCGUAGCUCGCCCAACCAGCCACUGGGAGGCUCCAGCACCAUCACAAGUACCCACAGCAGCCCCUCUCUGCCCCCCCUGUAUGACUACCAGCAGCACCGCCAUCAGCAGCACACCUCGAAUCCAGCCCCCUGCUCCCCAGCCCCCGAGGUCAGCCGAACCAGCAGGACAGCGCUGUUCCCCUCCAGUCUGAGGAGAGGUAACGCUAACGCUAAGGAAACCAAGAGAGACUACCUGGACAGGGCUAGUGAACACAUCCGAUUGGCCGUGCAUAAGGAAGCGGAGCAGGACUACCAAUCAGCGUUCUCCUACUACAGGAGCGGGGUGGAUUUGCUUCUGCAAGGGGUGCAAGGCGAGCCCAGCCCUACGAGGCGGGAGGCUGUGAAGAGAAGGACGGCUGAGUAUCUGAUGCGUGCUGAGCAGAUAUCCAAUCAGCAUCUGAGAAACAGCAUGGGUCAAGGGUCAACACAGACCGUGGCCAUGGGGGCGCAAUGCUCUACUGCCACCUGCAGAGGGGGUCAGCAGAGUCCAGCCGAGGAGCUCAGGGCCUACAUGGUGCUGGGGGUCAUCGAUAAGGUUCUUCUGGUUAUGGAUAAGAGAACCCAGGAGACCUUUAUUUUGAAAGGCUUGAGGAAGAGCAGUGACUGUGGGAGACCCAAGCGGACCAUCAUGCCUCACUCUGUGCCCCACAUGGUGCGGCUGAGGAAGUUCAUUGUCUCAGAGGACACUGUGUUUCUUCUGCUACAUUACGCUGAGGGUGGGAAGCUAUGGUCUCACAUUGGGAAGUUCCUGCGUAACUCCAGCCCGGAGGACAGCUUCGACAUUCCCUUCAUUCAGAAAAGCCACACCACGGCAGUCCACUCUGUCCAACAUGCUGCUCCCAAGUUGGGCUUGGACUCUGGCAGCUCUGGGACUGGGCCUGGAUGUGUGCUCCAGAGGCAAGGGGAGUCUUCUCAUGUCCUCCCCCAGAAGAGUGCUCUGCCUCUUGGGCUGGCUGGCCGCUUUAGGCCCCAGUUGGACUCUGGAGCGACCUCUGAGUUAGAGGAGUGCACCGACAGUUAUCUGAAUCUCUGUAAUGAGUAUGAGCAAGAAAAGGUAGAACCAGAAGCUCUAGGAGAGGAGAAGGAGGGAGAGGUGUGUGUGUCGAGAGGACAGGAAGCAUCGUCGCUGGAUGUCACCGUCACCACGACAACCACUUCCUCCAGGACUCGCUCACUGCUUAGCAACGACAGCCUCUGCUCUCCAAUCAGCGCCCAGGAGCUGCGUUUCUUUACUGAGACGGCCGUGGAUCACAACAACGGGCGUUACCAGGACAUCGGGCAGAACCAUGGCGAGGUGUUCAGCCCCUUGCUCUCCCCCGCCGUUCCCCUCUCGUUGGACCAGUCCAAACGCACCCCCAUGGAGUUCUUCCGCAUCGAUAGUAAGGACAGUGCUAGCGAGGUGACGUGGUGUCCUGACUCAGCCGAGCUGAGGCCCAAACCAGACCCUUCCAAGCCGCUCCCCUUCCUGGCCACCUCUGACCUGGGCUCUGAAGUCACAGACCUGUCGGACUUCGUGGAGGAGGUGAAAGGUCAUGGAGGUGGGUCUGACCGGUGGGGUCUGGAUGGUAGUGACCAGGGCUCUAAUGAGUCGGUACCAGUCAUCUCCUUUAAAGAGGCAGUGGUGGAGGACGAGGGUCGACCCCCUGACCUCCUGGUCAACCUGCCUGGGGUCAUUGGUGGGGAGGGAUUGGUGGGGGUAACUGGGGAAGUGGAGGCCCUACAGGAGGAGCUGGUGUCCUCAGGGGUGUGUCUGGCCCAGGAGGCCAAAGCCUCCCCUAAGUUGAUCCAGCCGGACGUCCUGCAGCUCCACCAUGAGCUUGAGGAGGGGGAGGAGCUGGCUGUGGGGCGGGCCCUUCCCUCGAGGAACAAACGCAUCACCUCUUCCUCUCCCUGCGCCUCCCUGUGGGACGACUGUGGCCUGGCCUUCGGACAAGAUGCCAAAAUGGCUUCCGGAGCUUCCGUACUCCCGAAUAAGGACUUCCUCCCUGCCAGCGCUGUGUCUAUAGUCUCGCUCUCUUCCUCCAACACAGACAUUCCAUUCGCUGACUCACUUAGCUCACUUCCUGAAAGAUUAGAAGCCAUUUUGAACCCACAGGUACACCCUGACAGUUUGGUUCUUAACCCAGACGGGACGAUAGCUGGCUCCAACCGCGGUCAGGAUGGGACAGGGGCCAGCUCUGGGGCAGAGAGUGCACUAGGCGUUGAGUCCCAGUUCCAGGCCAGUAAGGCUGGUGUGUUUGGUGUGGAGGACAUGGUAGAGUCAGAUAAGGAUGUGUCUCGGCUGUUUGCAGAGCUUGACCAGUUGUCUGCUGUAGCGUCCCAGGCCAGGAUUCCAGAGGAGUUUGUGAGGUGCUGGGCGGUGGACAUGGUCUCUGCCUUGGACUCACUCCAUCAGGAGGGCAUCGUCUGUAAGGACCUCAACCCCAACAACAUCCUCAUCAACAGCAAAGGCCAUGUUGAGCUGACGUAUUUCUGCAGCUGGAGUGACGUGGAGGAGUCCUACGACAGGGAGGCCAUCACCAACAUGUACAGUGCACCAGAGGUGGGCGGUAUCAGCGAGGAGACGGCAGCGUGUGAUUGGUGGAGUUUGGGAGCCAUCUUGUUUGAGCUGCUCAUAGGCAAGUCUCUGCUGCAGUGCCACCCAGCUGGUAUCAGUCGCCACACGGCCCUCAACGUCCCUGAGUUUGUAUCUGAGGAGGCCAUGUCGCUACUGGUGGAGCUUCUCCAGUUCAACCCCAUAGAGAGGCUGGGGGCGGGGGUGGCAGGAGCAGAGGACAUCAAAUCACAUCCCUUCUUUGGCCGAGUGGACUGGCCCAAAUAAGCCCAGUGCAUUGUGGGACGGUGGAGGCCAGAAAUGAAUGCUGUGGGCGGAUCGAGCUGCUGACAGGGUGGGCACAAACACACACACACAGACACAGAGACCCAGACGUGGCCAGUGUCAACAAGUGAACUCUUGUUGGGGAGUUGGACAUAUCGUCUACACACCUACCUUGUACAUGUUACUCUCACUGACUUUCUCUUUAUCCUCACGUUGAGCAGCUUAGACUGUUGAGACAUGAUGCAUGUGGUGCAAUAAACUAACUAGUCCUUUUAUGGAAGGGUGGUUCACAAAGUCUAUUAAACUUUUUCUUAUUUCAACAAGACAACCAACGGUCUUCUGACAUUUCACAGUCCAUAUACAUUCCCCUGUAUUAAUAGGUUGCGUACUGUUUUCUCCGACCUAAAAUUGUAGAUGCCCUCCUCUUGGCCGCAGAGCCAAAAUGUUGCUGUUUCAAAGCUUAAUAUCCUGCAGUUCUACACUUUGCUUUGGGGUGGACUGAAAAUGUUACUGUUUUAAAGCUAAUAUCCUGCAGUUCUACACUUUGCUUUGGGGCGGACUGAAAAUGUUACUGUUUUAAAGCUAAUAUCCUGCAGUUCUACACUUUGCCUUGGGGCGGACUGAAAAUGUUACUGUUUUAAAGCUAAUUUCCUGCAGUUCUACACUUUGCCUUGGGGCGGACUGAAAAUGUUACUGUUUUAAAGCUAAUUUCCUGCAGUUCUACACUUUGCCCUGGGGCGGACUGAAAAUGUUACUGUUUUAAAGCUAAUUUCCUGCAGUUCUACACUUUGCCUUGGGGCGGACUGAAAAUGUUACUGUUUUAAAGCUAAUAUCCUGCAGUUCUACACUUUGCCUUGGGGCGGACUGAAAAUGUUACUGUUUUAAAGCUAAUUUCCUGCAAUUCUACACUUUUACUACAAUUCUACACAUAAUUAAACACAUUUUGCUGUGGGGCGGUGAGAACACUUUUUGACUUUUAAAGCUAGUUUCCUGCAAUUCUACACAUUUUGUCAUAGCAUAAGAACACGGCAUAAGCCAUUUGAGUGACUCAAACAUAACAUCUAUGGGGCCCCAUGUUGUUUUUUGACUUUUAAAUUCUCCUGGACUGUCUAGUUUUUGUUUUGGUGAUGGUUAGUUCUCAAAGAUGAUAUUAUUUUAAAACAUAUAGCUCUUAGCUUUUCUACCUACUUUUAUAUCUGGUUUUAGUCGUUUCCGUUUACACUGAAAACAUUUUAUCCUGAAAGUUAUUUGAAUUUUUGCAUAUUAAAAAAACUACAUAUUUUUGUGUGUUGACAACAAUUGCCACUGCUAAAUUAAUAUAGGGGAAACACUGGCAUUGUACUCGGGAGAUGCAUUGUAUAACAGUUGCCAUGGUUGAACAAUGGUUGAAUGAAGGGUGAAUAUUGAUUGGAUUAUGGUUGAGUAAUGUUUUGUAGGGUUGUCUGAAUGGUAUAGUCGAAGGUGCGUGUUUUUUUUACCCAGAGAAACCCACUGUACUGUACAUCAGUGUUUUUCUGUGCAUUUGAUAAUAUAUUAUAUAUCAUAUUUAAUGAAAAGACAACUAUUAUAGAUUCAAUAAUUGAUGUUCGUGCAUUGAUCUCGUCAUGUCCAUUGUCAUGUAGCCUAAAACUCCCCAUCUGUGUGUUGUCAAGGUAACUUGUAAUGUCAUUUAUAUUCAUCUGUCUCACACCCAAUCCUAAUUCUCAUUGGUGUCCACUUCUACUCUGACCAAUACCUACUACUUUCAAUCACUCACUUCUUCUACACAAUUUUUUCUCCACAAUGUUUUCCCAUCGGAUGACCUGACAGACUCCGCCUAUUACAAGUCCCACUGUAUGCUGCCUACCUUGUUAAAAUGGCAGAACACUGUCAUCCCCAAUGUAACUCCUGCGCAUCACAUACUGCCUCCUGCGCAUCCCAUUGCAUACUGCCUGUAAUUAACCACAGAUCUAGGAUCAGCUUACACUAACCUAAUAUAACCAUAAACUACUCUGAGGAAAAAACGAUUAUAGACCAGUACUUGGGGACACCUUGAUGAUUUGAAAAUCCCUAUUCAAACCUGAUUGAUUCCUCUAUUUUGUUCUGGCUCUCUGGUUAAUUGAUUGACUAACGACAUGGCAUGGACCUAGCAGUUAGCCGUACACUUAGUCACUAUCCAUGUCCUACAUUCUCUGAGAUGCCAAACACUACCAGUGAGAGAUGUAUGUGUGCCUGCAAUAGUUGGUUUUCUAUGUUUCUUACUGUGUCUAGCUAUUCUCACUUACACAUGUUUUAUGUAUUAGUCUGUCCUCUCUGGAAUACAACUUAAUAAACACACAUCUGGAUCAUC